AUGUCGGACGAUAACUAUUGGGAAGCUCUUAGAAUUCUGCGUACUCUUCCACAAAACAAAGAACUUAUCAAGAAAGUAAUCGAGGAUGGUGGGUGGUAUGCUAGUCGACAAAUACCAGAAUUUAUAGAUGAUCUGAAAAGAGCUGAUAUCACCCUUGAUGAUAUCGACGGUCUUUCCAUUAUUCAUGUAAGUGGUACGAAGGGCAAAGGGUCUGUAUGCGCCUUCUGCGAAAGCAUAUUACGGGCACAUGGGAUAAGAACAGGAUUCUACAGCUCCCCACAUUUGCUGGAAAUUCGUGAAAGAUUCCGAAUUAAUGGUGUGCCUCUAACAAGAGAUGAUUAUAGCAAAUAUUUUUUUGAUGUAUAUAGAAAAUUAGAAUCUUCUAAAGAUCAAUUUAACGGAUCUAUGCCGUUCGUUGCUACAUUUCAGACAAUUAUGGCAUUUCACGUGUUCUUACAGGAAAAGGUUGAAGCUGUUGUUCUUGAGGUCAAUGUAGGUGGUGCAUAUGACGUGACUAAUGUUGUGCGAGAUCCCGUUGUGACUGGUAUCAACCUUCUAGACCUGGACCAUACAGACACUUUAGGAGACACUCUAGCUAAAAUAGCAUGGCAUAAAGCCGGCAUAUGCAAGCCUGGUCGACCAGCAUUCACAGGACCACAGCCAAAAGAAGCAAUGGAUGCCUUGGUAGCAAGAGCCAGGGAGCUGCACGCCCCGAUUCAGCUUGUUCCAGACUUAAAAGAUUAUGAUUGGCAGGGACAACCCAUGCAGCUUGGCUUAGCAGGUGUUCAUCAACAGAAUAAUGCUUCUUUAGCGAUACAGCUAUGUAAGGCGUGGAUAGAGGAGCGUAACCCAAGUCUUUCUGUCAUGACACCUGAUUCUGGAAGCUCCAAAACACAUGAUGAUACCUUGGAUGACAAUAUUCCGACAGCGCCAGCAUUCAAGUUACCUGAUACGUUCAUAUACGGACUUCGUAACUGCCAUUGGCCCGGACGUACACAGACUAUAAAACGUGAGAAUAGUACAUAUUAUUUAGAUGGAGCUCAUACAAGAGCAAGUAUCGAGGCCUGUGUCAAAUGGUUUAUACAAGCCUCGGCAGCAGAAGAAUUGUCACUGAAAAAUGCCGUUGCACGAGUAUUGGUUUUCAAUUGUACUAGAGGCCGAGAUGAAAAGGUUUUCAUAAGAAAUCUAAUGGAUUGUAAUUUCUCAGCUGUCGCCUUCUCUCCAAAUAUUAUUGAUGCUCAGUGUGAAGAAGAUUUGAAAGAUGAAUUAAUCCACAUUGAAACAAUAGAGGAAGGACGGGAAGUGUGUAAAGCGAACAGAAACACAUGGCUAACAUUGGAAGAACAACUGUCUCGAGAAACACAAUCUGUGAGUUUUGAGUGCGUAAUGCAUGCCCUGAGGUGGGCGUCGUGUGGCAAGGAUUCUCUUAUGCCAAAGCCGAGAUCCGAGGACCCAACACCACCGCAAUGUAUCAUGGAAGCAGACCAUGUGCAGGUUCUGGUCACCGGAAGUCUACAUUUAGUCGCGACUGUCAUCAAAAUUCUAGAUACUCAUAGUAUGACGAAUGGGAAGUGA